AUGGUUCUUGCAUUAUCAGAAGUAGCUAAACACAACACCAAACAAGAUUGUUGGGUUAUUAUCCACGACAAAGCUUAUGAUCUAUCGGAUUUUGUUGAUGAGCAUCCAGGUGGGUCAGCUAUUAUAUUAAAAUAUGCUGGUAAGGAUGCAACUAAAGCAUUCGAUCCAAUACAUCCUUCGGAUACAUUAACUAAAUAUUUAGCCCCCAAAUAUCAUAAAGGUGAAGUUGAAAAGAAAGUUAAUCAACCAGUGAAAAAAGUGGUAAAGAAGAAGAAGGAGAGUGCAGAAAAACAACCACAACAAAGCAACGCCAACUCUAAUAGCAAUGUGGUUGAUGAAUUUGAUGUCGAGUAUGAUGAACAAGACGGUAAGGAUCCACUUCCAGUGCCACUGCAAAAUUCUACAGAUGCUAGUGAUGCAGAUGAGGAAGAAGAAGUGAUGCUCGAUGAAGAUGGAGAACCUAUUCCUAAAGAGGAAGUACAACGUCUCAAGCGAGUUGAAAAUAAACCAGAUUUGGGUCAAAUUUACAACUUGAACGAUUUCGAAUUUGUUGCAAGACACACAAUGGAAAAGAUUGCUUGGGCUUAUUAUUCAUCUGGUUGUGAUGACGAAAUUACAAUGAGGGAAAAUCAUUUGAGUUACCAACGUAUAUUUUUCAAACCCCGUGUUAUGGUUGAUGUCACCAAUAUCGAUUUAUCAACCACAAUGUUAGGUACAAACACGUCAGCACCAUUUUAUGUCACAGCCACUGCAUUGGGUAGAUUGGGUCAUCCAGAUGGAGAGAAAGUCUUGACCAGAGGAUGUGCUAAACAAGAUAUUAUACAAAUGAUACCGACAUUAGCUUCUUGUUCAUUUGAUGAGAUUGUUGAUCAAGCCACUGAUAAACAAACUCAAUGGUUUCAAUUAUAUGUCAACUCAAACAAGGAAAUCUCCAAGAAACUUAUUCAACAUGCUGAGAAAAGAGGAAUCAAAGGUUUGUUCAUCACCGUUGAUGCUCCACAAUUGGGUAGACGUGAAAAAGAUAUGAGAUCCAAAGAUGUUACUGAUUUGAGUCAUGUUCAAGGAGAAGGGGAUGAAGCUGAUCGUUCGCAAGGUGCCGCUAGAGCCAUUUCGUCAUUUAUAGAUACUGCAUUAAAUUGGAAAGAUUUGAAAUGGUUUAAAUCAAUCACCAAAAUGCCAAUUAUCUUGAAAGGUGUUCAAUGUGUUGAAGAUGCAAUUAUGGCAGCAGAGCAUGGUUGUCAAGGUGUCAUUUUGAGUAAUCAUGGUGGUCGUCAAUUGGAAUUUUCUCGUGCUCCAAUUGAAGUGCUUAUUGAAUUAAUGCCAAUUUUAAGAGAACGUGGAUUAGACAAAAACUUUGAAGUUUAUGUUGAUGGGGGUGUUAGAAGAGCCACUGAUAUUUUGAAAGCAAUUUGUUUAGGAGCCAAGGGAGUGGGCAUUGGACGUCCAUUUCUUUAUGCCAUGUCUACUUAUGGUGAUGAUGGUGUUGUUAAAGCUAUGCAAAUUUUAAAAGAUGAAAUGAUUAUGAAUAUGAGAUUGUUGGGAGUUACUUCAAUUGAUCAAUUGAAUGAACAAUAUGUUGAUGUGAGAAACUUCAGUAAUCGAUUUGUUCCUGAGGAUAAAUUAUUUAGAAAUGUUUACCAACCUUUGAUUAGUCCUCCUUUUAAGGAAGCUAAGUUCUAG